GCCAGUGCACACACUAGUGUAAACACGGCGGUAAUAAGUCGGCCUGGUCUCUUGCUCUGCGGCGAGGACGAGCUGCAUAUAUGGUGCGACGGAUGGGCAUGAUGGGCUGGGAGUAAUGAAUUGCAGAGCUUCUACCCGGAGAACAAGUGUCACGCGGGGGCGGAAAAUGGCAGGGUGGUAGAGCGAGCGAGAUUGUUACCGGGGGGCUCGACGGCGCGACGCCUCCCGAUCUCCUCCGUCGCCUAGCGACCGACAGCGGCGCCUCCGCCUCCCUCCGGUGAAGCUCCCCCGAGCGCUACGCCUCCAAGUCCCUCUGCCCUCCGGCGACGGCCGACGGCCCGGCGGCCGCCCCCCUUGCCCCGAGCUCCACCCCGCCUGAAGCUCGCGCCCCCUCCGGCGACGGCGACGCGACGGCCCGGCGGUCGUCUUCCACCUCCGUCGACCAGGUUUGAUCAGGAGUUUGUAAGAAGCUCCUGGAUUAUAACUGAUCAGAUGCUUGGGCGCAACAAUAUGUCGCCCGACAGACUAGAGGCCGUGCUGAUGCUGUUGAUGCUCAUGGUUUACAAUGCUUCAGGAGCAUUUGUUGGUAUCAACAUUGGCACUAACGUGUCAGACCUGCCAUCAGCAUCAGACAUAGUCUCCAUCCUUAAAGCCAAGAAGAUUCAACAUGUUCGCUUGGUUGAUUCAGACCAUGAGAUGCUAGUCGCCCUUGCGAAUACUGGAAUUGAAGUGAUGGUUGGUGUGCCAAAUAAUCAGCUGCUCCGCAUGGGGCAAUCUCGUCCGACAGCUGCUGAUUGGAUUAACAAGAAUGUUGCUGCCUACAUUCCAGCAACAAACAUCACGUAUAUUGCCGUGGGUGAUGAGAUUCUUACUACUGUCCCAAAUGCAGCUCUUGUUCUAGUACCUGCAUUGCAAUUCCUCCAAUCCGCACUGUUGGCUGCGAACCUCAAUACCCAGGUGAAACUAUCAAGUCCUCAUUCAAUGGAUAUGAUCUCUAAGGCAUUUCCUCCUUCUACUGCCACUUUCAACUCGACAUGGAGCUCAGUAAUGUUACAGUAUCUUGGAUUUCUGAAGAAGACAGGAUCUUCCUUCAUGCUUAAUGCUCAACCAUACUAUGGCUAUGUGAAAGGGCAAGGUGUAUUCCCUUUAGAGUAUGCCCUGUUUCGAUCACUCAAUCCCAACAGUCAGAUUGCAGAUCCGAACACCAAUUUGUUCUAUACCAAUAUGUUUGACGCUAUGGUUGAUGCCACAUACAACUCAAUAAAAGCAAUGAAUUUCACCGAUAUUCCUGUUAUGGUCACAGCUUCUGGUUGGCCAUGGCAUAGUGCACGCAAAGAACCGGCUGCGGAUGUUGAUAAUGCUCUGGCCUACAAUACAAAUCUCAUACGCCAUGUACUAAAUAACUCUGGUACCCCUAGCCAGCCAAAUAAUCAAGUAAGCACAUACCUGUUUGAGUUGUUCAGUGAGGAUCUUCGGUCAGGAUCUGUUUCGGGGGAAAGUUGGGGGAUUAUGUUUAGCAAUGCUAGUGCAGUGUACUCCCUGACAUUUGAAGAUGUGGCUACAGCUAGUACUGAUUCACCGGCUUUGCACGGGAUGUUUUGUGUGGCAAAUUCAAGUGCACCCCAUAGUGCAUUGAAGCAAAGUUUGGAUUGGGCAUGUGGCCCUGGUUCCGCAAACUGCAGCGCAAUUCAACCUGGGCAGCCGUGCUACAAACCAGAUGACAUUGUAGCUGUUGCUUCGUAUGCUUUCAAUGAUUAUUAUCAUAGAACACAAGCAAGUGGAGGAACAUGCAACUUUAAUAGCACAGCAACGAUAUCAUCUACGGAUCCAAUCACCAGGAAUGGUCAGACGUGUCAGUAAGAAGUGGCAAACUUUACCUGCCCUCUCACAUGUUAGAAUCGACAUGGUUUUUACAUGCCUUCUUGGCAUACGGCAUAUAUUCACAGAAGGUUGCUUUGGUCCAAACAGAACUGGAAGUAGCUCAAUUGUGGAAGUAUUGGUUUGACCAAUCCUGAUGACUUGGCUUGUUUAUUCUCCAUACGGCUUAGACACUAUUGGAAACCAACCAGCAAGAUUCAGACGCUAUUGUUUAUUCACCACGCGGCUCAGACACUAUUGGAAACCAAUACAAGGAAAACAGAUCUAUGGUUGUAGUACUGAAUGUACAUGUUUGUUUCCAUGUAUAUCGAAUGAGGCAUUAUAAACAUGGGUAGGAGUCCGAAGCCAAUCAUCUGAUCUGGUCAUGCUAAUAUAUAGAAACCAUAUACCAUUAGUUGGUUAGAAAAUCGUGACAGUCAUCUUGUAGUUACUCACAUUCUAAUAUAAGGUUCUGUCUUGUUAUUCAAGUGUUUGCUGUUACAAUAUUGCAAUUACCGCUUUGGUUUGUGACAUGAGCUUAAACAAAGUUUCCCCUGAAUUUAA